AUGAACUCUCAAUCCAGAACGGUUGAGCCUGCUAAAAUCCCUGUAGUGGAUUUCGAGAAGCUCUCAGGUAACCCCGAGGAGCGUAAGGUUUCUCUCCAGCAGAUGGAUGACGCUUUCAAGUCAUUCGGAUUCAUAUACCUUUCGAACCAUACCAUACGGCAAGAAUUGGUGGACGAGGCAUUCACUUGGUCUCAACGUUUCUUCAAGCUGCCUCUUGAGACGAAGCGGCUCAUUGAGCACCCACAGAGCGCCGAUGAUCACCGAGGCUGGGCAAAGGUUGGCGCUGGAUUGGUCAGCCAAGGAGUAUGGGAUCCGACAGAGAUUGAGGCCAUGAGGCAAACCGUUCUACCGGAACAGAAAGAAAUUCUUGAGAUGGGAAACCCGUACUCGAGCGACGACCGCGUGGCCAACCCAUAUCCUAAUCGUUUACCUCCAGAUGAUACUUUUCCAGGCUUCCGGACGUUCAUCGAGAAGUGGUGGGAUGAAUGCAUUAAUCAGGAACAGCUGCUAAUGCGCUGUCUCUGCGAGGUAGUUGGUAUGAAGGACUUGGACUUUUUAUCAAAGCAGCAAACUCCAGGCAAAAACCGCAGCCAUAUGAGCUGGCUACACUAUCUAUCCAUGCCGGCAUCGCCAUUACGAAGCCGCGACGCACGCCGUCUUAACAUCCACACUGACUUCGGCCAGCUGACCUUGCUCUUUCAAGACAACAUCGGCGGCUUGGAAAUUCACGAUGACUCGGCCAAUAUCUUUAGGCCAGUCUUACCAAAGCCUGGCACUGUCAUCGUUCAUAUUGGCGACAUGCUCGAAAAACAGUCAAAUGGACGGUGGAAGAGCGCCCUCCAUCAGGUGACCGCUCCUCCUUCUUUCCUAUAUGGAGACCUCCCGAUGCCCGAGGACACUGUUGUCGAACGUUAUGCCAUCGCAUUUUAUGCUCAUCCAGACUAUAAUACGAUGAUAGAGCCAUUGCCUGGCUGCGAAAAAGCCGGGAAAUGGCGUUCGCUUGAAUGGGAGGACAGCAUGACUGCUGGUGAUUGGAUGCGGAAGCGCGUAGCUCUGGAAUACGAAUACAAGCCAUCGAAGGUUUAG